AUGUCUAAUUAAAUAUUAGAGGAGGAACUUAAUUCAUCACUAAGAUUAAUAGUAGAGGGUAAUCAAAAAUUUUAAUCUUAGGUAGAAAUAACUAUUUAAAUACAAUUGAUUAUGAGAAGAAGUAAUUGAACUAUUCUAAAAUGAAAACAGGUUGUACAUAAUUGCUAAAGUAUUUAAGAGAUGAAAAAGAUGAGAAUUUAAUUAUAAUUAUAACUUAAUAGCUUAAAAGAUACAUAGAAGAAUUAAGUAAUUUUUCUAAAGAGAUACAAAAAAAUCAAUAAACUGAUGAAGUUGAAAUUGUUUAAGUUAAUAAAAUAGAACUCUUAUAUACUCAAGACUCUUAUAAAGACAUUUAAUUAUUUAAUUCUUAAUAUUCUAAAUAUGUUGAAAUCCAUCAAUUUACUUAAAAUAAUAAUAUCUAAAUAAUAGGUUUGGAAGCAUAAAAAUAAAUGUUAUAUGAACGUAUUUUAUUGCCAAUAUAAUUUCCUAAUCUAUUUUAAGGACAUCGAAAAUUAUAAACAUCAACAUUAUUAUUUGGAGUAAAUAUUUUUUUAUUUAUAAUAAGCCAACAGGUACAGGUAAAACUGAAUUACUAAGAUAUAUAGCUUCAGAAUGUAAGGCUUUAUUAUUGAUAAUAAAUAUUUCUAUGAUCAUAGAAGUGGAAGAUCAAAAUACAAUUUAAGAGUUAGUAAAUCAAAUAGAAUAAUAAAUAAAAAAUAAAUCUUUUAUCAUUUUGCUUAAAUAAUUGGAACAUUGUAAAAAUCGAGAAACGUUGCUUAAUUUUUUUGAAAAAAAUAAUCUUAAAUACUUAAUAGAAAAUGAAAAGUUAUCAUCUAAUGUGAUUGGAUGUAGUAAUUAGCCUUGGAAGAUUCAUACUACAGUGAGAAGAAUGUAAAUAAAUAUUUCAUAAAGAAUAGAUUCGAAAAGAGAAUAGAAAUUCCAUUAAUGUCUUAAAAUGAAAGAUUAGAAUUUAUUAACUAAAAAUGUUUACAAAAUUAGGAAUAUAAGUUGGAAAAUGAUUAAAUAGCUGAAUUAUCUAAAAUAACUGAUAAAUUUACAGGGUUAGAUCUAAACAAUUUAUUUAAAAAGGCAAUACAAAUUUAUAGUUUAAAAUAAUAAAUGACAAAUGAUGUAAACUUUAGAAUUAUAAUAGGUAAAUUUUUAUGAUAGUAUUUUGGAUGUACUUUAAAAUUUAAAGAGUUCUAUAUAAGAUUCUGAAAUCUUAUAAUUUAUUUAAUGGAAAUAAGAAUUUUGUAUUUGA